AUGGACAUUGGGAGCCCGCAGAGUGAUGACACGCCCAAGAGAAGAGGCCCCCGUACACCACCGCUUCCCCCGGCCGACCCUGGGCCCCGGAUAGAAAUCGUCCCGACGGUGAACCUGUGCAACCUGGCCCCGGCCGGCUAUGGGAUGCCCUCCUUCAAGCGGCACCCAGCCUCCACGGGAAUGCACAUGCAAUAUGGACAAGUCGCCUAUGGUUUGCAACAAAACGGCGUCGCUUUACAACCACCACCUCCCCCUCCACCAAUGGUACGAACACGACCGUUUGAUGGGCAUGAAAUGAUGAGUCCGAGCAUAGAGUCGUCCACCUCCAGCCCGGCCGGCCGAUCCCCGUUUUCUUGUGAAGGCUCCCGUCGGCCAAGAACCCCUCCUCUUCCAUCGCCGCAAGAGAAACCUCCCGGAACACCGACAAAUGCCCCGACAAAGAGCCUGGCGUUUGACCCGAUUUUGAUGGACCUGCUGCAUAGCAAGAAGCCGGCUGGUACACCAGGCGGCAUGAAGAAGGCUCGCGUUGACGCGAAUGGAUCGGCUCUGCUGUCCCCGCGGGGUACCGGCGAAGCGCCAGUUGCCCGGGAUACCGCCAAUGGCCACCGAACGGCCGAGGACGGCAAAAUUGCUGAAAUAACACGUGAAGCCGAACCACGCCCGUUGACAGCCGAAGAGCUGAGGAGAAGGGAGGAACGACGACGGCUGAAGGAGGAACGAGAACAGAGGGAAAGAAGAAAGAUGCUCGACCGCCAGCGGGAAAUAGACAAACGGACCAGAAUGGAAGACCGAGAUCACAAGAAGCGGCCAGAUGACGCUAGCCGGCAGAAACAAAACCAUCGACCAAAGGAAGAAGAAAAACCCAGCAAGAAAGAUGAAAAAGAGGAACGGCAUAAGCAUCGAGAAAAGGUACCGAAAAACGAAAAAGCCGCUGCCGAGAAGACGAAAGAGAUCGAGCAUAAAUCCAAGCCCGAAAAGCCACGUGAUGAAAAAGAAGAGAAGCGACUGAAAAAGGAGAAGGAAAGGGAAAAGAAGCUCGAACAAAAAGCACUGCUCUCCCCGACACUCCCAACGACGACACACCAUCUGAACGGCCAAGGCGAACUGAAGAUCGAGAUUCCGGAGAUGAAGACGGAAAUCAAGGUCGAGGUGCAGGAAAAGCUGGUCGAGAUUGUGUCGGAGAAGAUUGUCGAGACAAAGUCGAUCAAGCAAGAAAAUGGAUGCGUGUCCGAAGAAGAAGUCAAGCCGGAGGUCGCGAAAGUGACCGAGAAGAAGAAAUCCAGACAAGAGAAUGGUGUCAGCUUGGAAGAACCGACUGUCUCUAUGGCCCCAGACACAUCACGGAAAAAUGGAGAGGUGCAGGAGCCGGCAGAACAGCAUCCGCUGCUUUCCCCAAAACCGGGAGAUGGCAAGCAGAAGAAAGCCGAUAAAUUGCCGAAAGUUUCGAGCCGGUUCAAAAAAUUCAUGCUGAUCGAAACGCACCCCAACGGCGGGGCCUCGAUGCUGAAGGCGAACUGGAAGGACGUUUGCAGGCAUUUCGCGGAACGGGAGGAGAGGGAGGAAUUCGCCCGGCAAUUCAUCCAGCUCGGCCUUUCCGAGCAAAACGAGAUCCCGGUGUUCUGCGUGUGCGUCAUCGAGAAUGGGGCGAAUUAUCUGCAGGACGUAUUCGGCUACCUGGCAAACCACUACUCCAAUCUGCCGUGCAAAGUCGGUUCUUUGACGAAUAAACAGUCGGUGGAGACGAUGAGCCUUCAAGCCUACCACAAUCUCGUCAUGGAGACGUGUCAUCACGGCACCUUCCGAGCCGGCCCUCUGAACGCGUUGUCGAUGGUGGGCCCGAAGCAGGAAGAGUGUGGUGCUUUCUUCGGCGAACUGCUCGAUCAGCUUUCCCGGUCGCCGUUCCUCGGCCCGUUGAUGCCAUGGGGAUCGAAGAGCAUCGCCGAGCAUGAAGAUCCAGCUGAAAGUGAUGAUGGGCCAAUUUUCUGGAUUCGACCAGGCGAGCAGCUGAUCCGUACCGAUGAUCUGAAGGACGAAAAGGGCGGGAGGAAAGGCCGCGGCUCAAGGAAUCCACAAUCAUUCAGAAACCUGGAGCGCCGUGAGCUGCUCUUCGAAGACCGCACGCCAUGCCACGCCGACCAUGUUGGCGACGGGCUGGAGAGGCGAACAACGGCCGCCGUCGGCAUUCUACAAGCCAUCACGGGCCAACACGAAAGGACCCGCGAAAACCGCGCCGUCAAAGACGUCGUGUGCUUCCACGCGGCAGAUUUCGACAAUAUCGUCGAGCGUCUGCAGCUCGACCUCUACGAGCCGCCAAUGUCGCAAUGUAUCCAAUGGGUCGAAGAAGCCAAGCUCAACCAGCUCCGCCGCGACGGGAUUCGCUACAGCAAAUUCCAGUUGCACCAUAAUGACAUCUACUUUUUGCCGCGGAUGAUCGUCCAUCAGUUCCGGACAAUAUCCGCGUGCUCGUCGAUUGCCUGGCAUGUUAGACUAAAGCAGUACUAUGAUGCCCCGGAGCCAAGCGGCGUCGCCCGGCAUCAUCAGAAGGAU